AUGCUUUUCCGAUCGAUCUUUCUAUCAGCAACGGCCCUGGUUGGCACCACAAACGCUCACAUCAAGAUGUCAAACCCUGUACCGUAUAGUGCCGACAAAGUUGAUACAUCACCCAUCUCCAAGGCGCAAUACCCUUGCAAGUCCCAGAAUGGUUUCACUGUUACCACGAUGAACCCUAUGAAGGUUGGAGAGGAGAUGCCACUGAAGCUCGACGGUACUGCCGUCCAUGGAGGAGGCAGCUGCCAGCUCUCAGUUUCUUUGGACACCGAACCCACUGCCAACUCUGUGUUCAAGGUUAUCAAGUCAAUGGAAGGAGGAUGCCCUGGUAUUGAAGGAGGUACCAACAACUACACUUUUACCCUUCCAGACAGCAUUCCCAACGGCAAGGCUACUUUUGCCUGGACUUGGAUGUCAAAGCUUGCAGGCCAGGCAGAACUCUACAUGAACUGUGCCCCUAUCGAGGUGACCGGUGGUGCUAGCGACAAGAGUGGUUUCGAUGCACUUCCUGAUAUGCUGGUUAUCAACAUUGACAAAUCCUGCGAAUCAGUGCCAAACUCCGCUGUUAAAUUCCCCAACCCAGGUUCAGAAGUGCAGUUGGGAAACACCAACGACUUGAAGGCCCCUACCGGAGGAUGUGCCUCUUCUGGUUCUACUCCUGCUGAGCCAUCUUCCCCUGCUGGUGGCGAGCCUUCUCCUGCUCCCACAUCUCCCGCUGGUGGUGCACCCUCUGCUCCCUCUCCUCCCGCCGCCGGCCAGCCUUCUGCCGCUCCUACUUCUGCAGUUGGAGGCCAGCCUACCGUUGCCCCAACUCCACCAGCUGGCAGCAAGCCCUCCGCCGCACCCCUUCCCCCCAACGGCGGUGGUGUCUUCGCCCCUGGAGCCUCCAGCGGCUCUCCCGCCGGCCCUACCGCCCCAGUCCGCCCCUCAACCUCCACCACCCUCGUCACUGUCACCGCCACUCCUACUCCUCCCGUCCGCCCUACCCCUCCUGCGGGCACCGGCUCUCCUGCUACCCCCACCACUCCUUCUACUCCCGGCGGUGGUUCAGGUACUCCUUCUACUCCUUCCACUCCUGGUGGUGGUUCAUCCACCUGCUCCGAGAACGGUGCCAUCGUGUGCAACGGCGCUACCCAGUUUGGUAUCUGCAACAAUGGCAAGCUUGUCUGGCAGGAGGUUGCCGCUGGCACUACUUGUGCCAAUGGUAGCAUCACCAAGAGGGGCUACAAUGGACGUGUUGUACGCUCACACUUGAUGAGCCGUCGGGUUGGUCACUACUAG